GUGGACGAAAGUUCACUUUAAAAACCUUCUGCUGCUGUCUGUCUGUCUGUCUGCCUGUCUGUCUGUGUCUGUCUGUCUGUCUGUCCGGUCCACAGCUCCCUGUGACAGCAGCAGCUGCUCAACCAGAGACAGACAGACCUGAACGGAGACUUCUGACAAACAACAACAACAUGGCGAGCUCCUAAACUUUUACUUUUUUCUUCCCCAGAGGAGACCAACAUUUAUUUUUCGCCCGCCAGACGUUGACGGAAGCUCGUACCGACCCGGGAGCGGGAAAUGUCUCCGCUGCAGCGCUCCGUUUACUGGCGCCUCUCCCUCGUCUUCUUUUUCACCUCUUUCCUUUUCUUUGUCGACAUUUUCACGGCCGCCAUCGUCGCGGCCACCUGUCACCAUGACAACGCCACUUUCCCCGGAACGUUGGAGAGCAACCAAUCACGGCGCGAGGAGGACGUCGCUGAUUGGUCGACGGAGAGCGGGAACCGAGACUCAGUGUGUGGUUGGGCAGACCGGUUGUCCUACGGUCAGACUCUCUUCAUGGUCGGGAUGCUGCUGGGAUCUCUGGUCGGAGGGGCGCUAUCUGACAGGUACGGGAAGCGCCCGGUGCUGCUGGUGUGCGUGUGCGUGCACGCCGUGUGCGGCCUCGUGCCCGCCAUCCUCCCUCAUCCAAUCCUCUUCCUCGCCGUCCGCUGCCUGACGGGCGUCUGCUGCUGCUGCAUCAACAUCUGCUCCUUCAGUCUGGCCGUGGAGUGGACCCCCCCCGCGGCUCGGCUCUGGCCACCGGCCUUCCUGCCGUUCUGCUUUAGCCUGGGGACGAUGGGCGGAGCUCCGCUGGCCUGGCUCAGCCCCACCUGGAGACAGCUUCACCUGUCGCUGGCCCUGCCUCAGCUCGUCUGUCUGCCGCUCUUCCUUGCGAUCCCAGAGUCUCCUCGCUGGUUGCUGUUGAAGAGGAGGAUGGAUGUUCUGGACCGUUACCGUGGCAACAGCCCUGCAGAUAAACAGUGUCUGGACCUGCUGCUGGACUCGGCCUGGUCCGACCUGCAGAAAGCCACCGAGGUUCAGAAGGAGCUGCCUCCUGGAGGCCACGCCCCCAGCGACAUCAUCCACCUCAGACACCCGACCGUCCUGCUGCGGCUGUUUAUCAUGAGCUACCUGAGUGCAGCGUCGGCGCUGACGUACUUCGGCAUCUGUAUGAACAUCGGCUCGUUUGGUGUCGGCGUCUACUCCGCCCAGUUCUUCUCCGGCCUAUCGGAGGCUCCCUGCCUGCUGGUGCCGUUGGUUCGGCUGGGACGGCGGCCACUGAGCGUGCUCGCUCUGUUCCUGAGCGGAGCGGCCUGCUUCCUGUCGUUACUGCUGUCCAGAUGCAACGGUGAGCCGGUGCUGGUGAUGAGUCUGGCUCUGCUGGGGAAACUCUGCAUCCUCGCCGCCAUCUUCAUCUCCAUCCUGUACAGCAUCGAGCUGUUCCCCACCGUGGUCCGACAGCGCUGCGUGUCCGUGGUCAACUUGUCUUUCCGGCUCGGCUGUCUGGUCAACUCCCUCGUGCCCCCCAACUCCAACGGAGCCAUCUCAUUGGCCGCCAUGGUCGUGUACAGCAGCGGACCAAUCGCAGGCUGCUGGCUGUGCCUGCUGCUGCCGGAGACCAGCGGCGUCCCACUUCCUGAUUCUGUGGAGGACUGUGACAGGCAGCCUCGGCCCCGCCCACCCAGCAUGGCCGCCCUCUGGAGGAUAUGGAAGUUGGUGAGCAGCCAAACCAGGAAAACGGAGAUCCUCCCCGCAGAGAAAGACGACACGCACGCACCAAGCACAGGACUGAUCUGAGCACGCUCAGUCGGACUCUGUAAUGAACAGCUUGUCUUUUGUUUUGUUUUUCUGUGUUUUAAAUUAAAGACCAAAGACGAGUUGAUGAUUUUAUGUGACCUGCUGCGUCGUUAAGCCCCGCCCCCUUUUGGGUGAAAUUUGACCUUUUUUUAAUAAAGAAAUAGUUUGUUUUGC